UCAGUUGACUCGGAGGGGCUGAGCGAGGCGCGGCGCGGCGAGGAGAGGACGACACGCAGUCGUAUUUCGGAGAACUUCGCUCUCUCUGUUCUUACACUUGUUAGAAACCAAAAUCGGCUUGAUAAUCGGAUCAUUUCGACAAACGAUGGCUUCAGAAAACAUGGUUAAUCUGCCGUCUCCGGAAGGCUCGCUGACUCGGACUGCACGGCGUUAAGUUUAUCAAACUGUCUGCACUGCCAGGAUUAUUUAUGCAACACCGUGACGGAGAAAUUAUCUAGCUGACUGCCUCGCAGACCAGAAAGUUAAAUUACACAUUUCCGGACACCAAGAAACGCGAAAACGUGUAUAGUUUGUCUGGUAGUCUUUCAUAACGCGACGGACGAAGAACAAUCGUCCUGUUUUGUCGCCUGUGUGUGGAGAAAGUGUGUGAGCCUCUUUUAGCUUUAGCUGGUCGGCUAGCUGCUCCGCACGUCGCCGGCUGGGGGGAUUUGCGCCCAAAGCCGGUGAAGAGCCGCUGAACAGUGCCAUCGAAGCCGAGAGGACCUCGUGGCUGAGGUGACAAUGCUUGAGAUAAUGUCUGAACACCAAGAUUCAUUGCUGAAAUGCAAAACAGAGCCCCUGCCACCAGAGAGAAGAAAGAGAACUGUGGAGGACUUCAACAAAUUCUGUAGUUUUGUCUUGGCCUAUGCUGGGUAUAUCCCAUCUCCAAAAGAGGAAAGACCAUGGUCUCCAGCCUCCUCCAGUUCUCCACACAGCUCUGGCGCCUCAGGUGAAAGUGGCAUGGGAGGUAGUGCGAGCUCCAAUAUGGCAGCAGGCUGGGGGGAUGGCACCUCAGACCUCCACACCAUUCACACUUUUGUGCGGAAAGCUCGUGCGAACAAAGGCGUCAAGAGCAUGCGCCGCCUACCUUCUGACAGCACUCUGUUGGACAAAAUGAGACUAAAGGACCCUUUUUACAAGGGUCAAGUGGGCAGCAAAGCAGAGCGCAAGAAGGACAAGAAGCUCAAGCGACUUUCUCUUGGCUCGGGUGCGGGAGAUAGCAGCAGUAGCGGUGGGGAGAAGCGCGCCCGGAUCAAACGCAGCAAAAACCCCAAGCAGCCUAAAGCCCUUAAGAAGCUUAAAAACUCGGCACCCAGUGAGACAGACUCUGAGACUGGCCUUGGCCAGGGUGAGGAGCACUCGGGCAGGGCAACAGUGCCGGUGCAUGGGCUGCAGGCUGAAGAAAGCAGCCUGGUAAAGGCUGAAAGGGAGGAGGCAACAAGAGAGGCAGAAAUGAGCUCCAGUGAAGGGGAGACAUGGAUAGCGGAUGAGGAUAUCAUGGUGGAGUCGGGUGACGACUCGUGGGACUUGAUCACCUGCUACUGUGGGAAGCCCUUCGCUGGACGGCCCAUGAUCGAGUGCAACCAGUGCAGCAUAUGGGUGCACCUGUCCUGCGCGAAAAUCAAGAAGUCCAACGUCCCAGACAUCUUCUACUGCCACAAAUGCAGGGAUGCUCGACGGUUGAGCCAUAAAAAAGACCCUUAGAGAACACACUCUCUCUCAAAGUCCUAAAUGUUCCCGUCCUUCAUUUUUUUCAUUUUCUAUUCGAUAUGAGAAGAAAACACUGCAUUUUGAGAAAGAAAGAAUGUUUUUCUGAAGUCAGAAAUGGUUGGUGUCCCUCCUGCACAUGUCACAGAAUGAUUUACAUAUUUGACAAUCAUAAAUAUCAUUAAAAUAAUCAGAGUAAUAUCUCCAUGUUUAUUUGCAAACCUAACCAGUCUCUAAUGCAUCGGCGCGUCUGUCACAUCAGUCUGAUAGUCAGAAGCUUCACCUCUUAUUUAUAGCAGUCUUUAUAACAGAGUUAGAAGAAGGUGUUGUAUUCAGAUGAGAACUUUUUUAAAAAAAAUUGAGAGAACAUCCUCAGAGGCUGAGUUUUGCCCAUCCACAUGAAGGAACUAUCCAUGUACAGGUUAUAACUGCUUUACUUACCAUAUUUAGACAUAUCGAUCUACGAUCUCAACAUCAUUUUUAUUCUAACUAAAGCAUUUUGAUUUGUGUCGCAAGAUAUUAACAGCUAGGCAUUGUGCAAAGGUCUCUAGGUUACUAGCGCUUUAUUAUCUCAGUGUUUGAUCCUUUCAGCAGCACCAUGGCAAUCCUGUCAUUAACUAGCACUUAACUGUCAAUUCCAGUUCACUCAGUGCUCAAGAGAGGGAACAUUUAUUUGUUGGAUUUGAUUUGAUUUGUCAAACAAUUUUCAAAAGACACUGCUGUCCGUUUUUUGUGGGCCUCAUUCAUUCAGCUAACUUUCAGAUUGGAAUAUUUAUCUCACCCUCAUCCUUUUCUGUCAGCCUGGAGCGUACGUCGUGCGUUAACUGUUUUUGUUUGGUUCACUUUUGAAGGAAGGUUAACUUUUUGAGAGGCUUUUGAGUGAAUGGUGUUGAAGAGCUUUGCUGCAGCCCUCUGGUUGGUGAAGCUCUUUGAGCACCGAGUUAAUAGUUGUAAUUAAUUUUUUUUUGUUCAUUUAUUGUUUUAAAAAAAGCUAAAAUGGACUUUUAAUCUCUUGUCUGAGAACUGGUUGAGAUUGUGCCCAGAAUAUUAGAUAUUGUGUAACUCUUUCAUGGCAAGAUGUCUUUUGAAAGUAGUUUGGAGACCAGCUC